AUGAGAAAGGAAACCAGACAGCUCAGAGAGGAGCACUCCAGUACUGCAUCUCAGAGACCUGAGCCAGGAGUUGACCCAACAGAUUCGUUUGGUGACACUUCAAGUGACUCCGACCAGAAGGAAGGAACCAUGGCUAAUGCACGAACAUUAAGGGAGUUGGCUGCCCCUAAUUUAAAUCAGCAGGCUCUAUGCAUUACCUUCCACACCUUAAAUGAUAACACUCCAUUUGAACUAAAAUCUGGUCUGAUUCAGCUUUUACCCUUUUUUCAUGGUUUACCAGGUGAAGAGCCGUAUAAGCAUCUGCAGGAAUUUGAUGUCGUAUGCAACAGUAUGAAGCCCCCGGGAAUCUCAGAAGAGCAAAUAAAAAUGCGGGCAUUCCCUUUCUCAUUGAAAGACUCUGCAAAUGACUGGUUAUACUACCUGCCACCAGGCAGCAUUACCACUUGGGAUCAGUUGCAGAGAAAAUAUCUAGAGAAAUAUUUUCUUGCAUUCAGGGCUGCAAAUCUAAGGAAAGAAAUUUGCGGGAUUAAGCAGUACCCAGGGGAGUCGCUCUAUGAGUACUGCGAGCGAUUCAAGAAGUUGUGCCAUAAGUGCCCCCAGCACCAGAUAAGCGAGCAAUUGCUCAUACAGUAUUUUUAUGAGAGGCUCCUUUUCAGAGACAGGAGCAUAAUUGAUACUGCAAGUGGAGGGGCACUGGUGAACAAAACCCCUCGGGAAGCAAGGGAGUUAAUAGAGGGGAUGGCAGAGAAUUCACAACAAUUCGGUACGAGGGAGGAUGUCCCAAUACGCAAGGUGAAUGAGGUAGAGACAUCCUCUAUCCAGCAGCAGCUAACUGAGUUGACCUCGUUUGUUAGGCAACUGGCUGUAGGAAAUGCAUCUCAGGCCAAGGCGUGCGGGACUUGCCCUGGUAUGGGUCAUUCAACAGAUAUGUGCCCAAUGAUUCAAGAAGAAAAUUUGGAGCAAGUGAACAUGGCUGGUUACGCGCCCGCGCCAAGGAAUCAAUAUGACCCAUAUUCGAACACCUACAAUCCUGGUUGGAGGGACCACCCCAACCUCAGUUAUGGAGGGACCAAGCAGUCCAAUUUCGUAACAAAUAAGCCACCAGGGUACCAGCAGCAAUACCAACCCCGACCACCUCCGUCCCCGAGUUCUGGUCCAUCUUUGGAGGAGAUGAUGAAACAGAUGAUGGCAACCAUUACACAAAAUCAGCAAAGGAUGAAAGCAACCAUUACGGAAAAUCAGCAAAGGACGGACUCCGAAAUGCAGGCAAUAAGAAAUUAG